CGAAGCCUGGCCAGGAGUCGCGUUAGCCACGUUGAACCAAAAGCAUCGCGGCACCGAAAGCCGGAGUGAAUAAGCCGCGAAUCGAAAGCGAAUCGAAAGCGAAUCGAAAGCGAAUAGAAAGCGUACAAAAGGCGAAUUUUAGGCGGACAUCAAGUAUACGCCGUGUGGAAUUGAAAGAACGGAGAGGAAGAAAAAAAAAGAGUUUACUCGUUAGUGGAACUUUGUUUGCCUUUUGGCCAGUUUACGAGCGGCUCAGCAUAAAUUGCUGCUCUUUUGGGGCCCAGCAAUGAGGCAAUGAGACGAGCCACACCAUCAGCAGAAGAAGCAGCAGGAAAGGGAGGAGACGGAGUCAUGCCAUCUGGUGCCUGCUUCUGGAGUCUCGAGCUUUGGCCUCUUCUGUGCCACAUAGAGCGCUAGAGAUAGAGCUCUAGAGAGACAGAGAGAGAGAGAGAGAGAGAAAGAGAGAGAGAGAGAGCCAGAGACAGCUAGAAAUGUUGCGCGAUAUCUUUCUGUAUCUAGUCCUAAUCGUUUUAUUUUGCUUCAUUUUCAUGGCGCAGUUAAUCGUCAACGUUUACGCGUUCCAGCGCCAGCCGACGCCCGCCCAGAAGUCGGACAAGAAUGAGAUUAUAUUUGUCUAAGAACGAGAACGAGGCGGGGGCGGGGGUCAGCAUGGUUUCUAUUUAAUAAGCAAAAGGCAAGUCGACGGUUGAGAGAAAGUUUCACUUAAAGAUGAGCAGGAGGAGGCCCUGCCUAGGGAGUCGCUCAGGGGGCUUGGAUGAUAAACCCUUGAAGAACUGUUCAACUAGGUUGCUCGCUAAUUAUUAACGGUAGUCAGGGGACACACACACACAGACGCAAAGACACACAGAUACUCUCACAGAGACACACAGACACAAUGAAAGUUGCUAACAAUAAACCGCAGCGACAAUUUCCACUCCAAUCUCUCGUCUCGCGAUGAAAGCGGGGGAAAAUUACUAAAGGAAAACUGCAGCCAACAUUCAGCCGAAGCAAGCGCCCAAUGAAGCCGCAUUAAAUUUUCAUCAUUUUCCGCAUAUUUCCAGCUCUCUUUACCCCUUUUCCCCUCCCCCUUUUGUUUGUGUUUCAUUAACAUUUCUGUUUUUUGAGCAUUUUUCCAGAGUAUUUAAUUUUAAUUCGCAUUCUGCUGCCGGAAAACGAUGAUAUAUGGCGGAUGGCGGAGGCGUCAAUCAGUUCGAGGCGACACCAGCCAUCAGCCAUCGGCCAUCGGCCAGGCCUCUAGUGGGUCCUGCCUCCCCCGGCCCACCCCUGUCUUGGGCGGAGGCCUUAACUUUUCAUUGCCUACUUUUGAGGGCCACUCCUUGGAGGGCUCUGAGGUUUUGGGCCUGGUUAUCGGUUGCUCCUGCGGCAAUGAGCCCGAACAAUCGCCAAGUGCCAAGAGGGCGGGGGAAGUGGGUGCCACUGGGGCGUGGCAGAUGGCUUUUUAUUGAUUUCCAGCCCGCACUUGCAGCCUUUUCUUGGCUUGUGCUUCGCCAGGUUUUUCCUUAUUUUUCCUAUUUUCCUUUUCAUAUUUUUGUUAUAUUUUGUGCUAUUUUUUGGUUGUUUUUCUCUUUGGCACGCCGCCGCAGUGUUUUAUUGUUUUCCUUUGAGGCAAAGGCAGAGGCAGAGGCAGAGGCAGAGGCAGAGCCUGGGCCAGAGCCAGCGUUUGCCUCCUCUUGUUGCACGGCACUUGAGACCAGGGCUCUCUCCCGCUCGCACUCUCUCUCUCGAGGGGCGUACACACACACACUUGACCCCCUUCCAAAAGAGGGAGCGCUUAAAUCGAGCUCUGUGGAGGGGCAGGGGCAGGGGCAGGGGCAGGCUUCAAGGGUUGUUGCAACUUCCACUGAUUGCUGUCAGUGUGUCCAAAUGGAAAUUAAAGUUUCAUCAAAUGUUUCCCAAGCACUAAGCGAGAGCUGAGGCCAAGUUUGCGUCUAAGUUUUUGGCUUAAAUUUGCCGCUUAAAAAAGGGGGAAUUUUCCAUUUUCCAAACACACACCCCACACAAACAGACAGAGGACACAAAGGAUAGUAACGCCCCAUAUCAUAUCGAAGAGCAAAUCAAAAUGUAUUUAAUCGAAAAUUAAAAAGGUUUUACGCAAACGAAAAUCGAAAUCGAACACAUAAUGGAACACUUUAGGGUCUAUAUAUAUGCCUGUACACAUAGAUAUAUGCAUACCAUACAUGAUAUAUGAUAUAUGAUAUAUGAUAUAUACAUUCGAACAAUAAUAGAGUUAGUUAACGAUCGAUUGAGUCCAGUCGAUAGGCUAAGUGCUAAGCAAGUCCCCCACUAAACCCCCGAAAAUGUACCGAACUUUGUAGCUAGAUCUUGAAACAAUGAAAUGGAAAAUCGAAACUCGAAAUCUAAAUGGAAAUCGAAAUCAAAACAGAGAAAAGGAAGCGGAUAUCGAAUUAAAUUAAACGAAUAAAUGUUCUUUGGAUGAAAAAAAAACGAGAAA